AUGCAGCGGGGCGGCUCCGGUGGUGGUCAGCGCCAGCAGCAGCAGCAGCAGCAGCAGCAGCAGCAGCGUUCUCGUGACAUCCCCCCCCCUCAGCAGCUCCGUGAGUGGUACGCUGCACGUCAGCGUGGUGGGGGUACCGGUCCGUGCACCUACGUCCUACGCACCGGCGACCGCGCGGGUGAGCAGUGUGGGGGUGCACACCCCACCCAGCGCUGCUUUGGCCGCCUGAUGGACGCUUGGCCUCACCAGUUCCCGGAGGCCACUGAGAUUCCCCGCUGGGGUGAGCUGUCUAGGGCGGGUGUAGCUAUCUUUGAUCUUGACUUUGAUGCUAUUCUUGCUGCCAUGUAUGCUGUGUCUAUUUGUGAUGAGGGUGACUGUUACCGGUGUUUCCCGCCCGACCCGGGCAUUGAGACUGCUGCUCUAGGUACUGGUGAGGCUGCUGCUCUAGGUGCCAGUGAGGCUGCUGCUCUAGGUGCCAGUGCGUCUUCGUCCUCAGGUGCUGGUGAGUCUGCGCUCUCAGGUACCGCGUCGGCUUCGGCCUCCCUCACCUUCACACUAGACUCAGGGGCUUCUCGCUCCUUCUUUCGAGACCGCACCACACUCACGCCGCUUGGUCGGCCGGUUGCAGUCUCCCUGGCAGACCCCUCUGGGGGUCUUGUCCUUUCUCACUUCUCCACUGUCCUCCCGUGUCUGCCGGCCCCCUCUGACACCUUGUCUGGUCUUCACCUCCCCUCAUUCUCUACGAACCUGGUGAGUGGUGCUGACCUACAGGAUGUGGGGGUUCACCAGUUUACUCCUGUGAGUCAGCGGGUGACCCACUGCUCGCACGCUCGCACAGGCCGGCACCUGGCCACGUUUACGCGUCGGCUGGGGUCGAGCCUGUACACCCUGACCACUGAGUCCCCUCCUGUCCCUGCGUCUGGUCAGGUAGCUGCGUCGGGUCAUGUGUUUGCUGCAGCGUCCAGGUCUGGUCCUGAGUCUGCCCCCUGCUCGUGUCGCCUCCUGUCUCACGAGACUCUCCUCUGGCACCACCGCCUUGGUCACCCCUCCCUGCCUCGUCUCCGAGGCAUGGCCUCCCGUGUCCUUGUCUCUGGUCUUCCCCGGUCCCUCCCUCCCCUUCCUCCGGGGCCUGGCCCUACCUGCGUCCCCUGUGUCGAGGGGCGGCUGCGGGCUGCCCCUCACUCCUCUCGGUUUCCCCCGACAGAGGCCCCGCUGCAGACGCUUCACAUGGACGUGUGGGGCCCGGCCCGCGUCCGUGGACAGGGUCAUGAGCGCUACUUCCUGCUGGUAGUUGACGACUACUCGCGUUACACCACAGUCUUCCCCUUGCGUAGCAAGGGUGAUGUCACUGAGGUGUUGAUCGACUGGAUCCGCGCAGCUCGUCUCCAGCUCAGGAGGAGCUUCGGCUCGGACUUUCCUGUUCUGCGUCUGCACUCUGACCGAGGCGGAGAGUUCUCCUCUGGCCUUCUACGAGCCUACUGUCGUGCGCGAGGCAUCCGCCAGACCUUUACGCUUCCGGACUCUCCACAGCAAAAUGGGAUUGCUGAGCGCCGCAUUGGCAUGGUCAUGGACGUCGCCCGUACGUCCAUGAUGCAUGCGGCUGCCCCCCAUUUUCUGUGGCCGUUUGCGGUUCGGUACGCGGCGCAUCAGAUCAACCUUCACCCCAGGGUCUCCAUGCCGGAGACCUCCCCAACUUUGCUGUGGACGGGGAAGGUUGGCGAUGCGUCUGCGUUCCGUGUCUGGGGAUCUCGGGCGUUUGUCCGCGACUUGUCUGCGGACAAGCUGUCCCCUCGUGCUGCUCCUUGCGUCUUCCUUGGCUUCCCCCCUGACGCGACAGGGUGGCAGUUGUACCACCCCACCUCUCGUCGUGUUCUGUCCUCCCAGGACGUCACGUUUGACGAGUCAGUCCCCUACUACCGCCUCUUCCCCUACCGCACUUCUUCCCUCCCCCCGCCCUCGCUCUUCCUUGUGCCAUGUUCCCCCCCGGUAGACCCCCUCCCCCCUCAGGGUGCUGCCCCUUCAGCCUAG